GUUCAAGCAUCAAAUUUGGGAGGAAUUUACAGAGAUUAUGCGAAGAAGCUAUCGGCAGCUCCGGCGACCACCUUUGCAGCUCCGGUUAAAACCUUCUAUCUUGACUUUCCACCCUUCAGUUAUGCUUCCGGCGAAGACUCUCUAUUUCCGGUGAACAGGUCCUCCACAGUAGAGAUUUGUCAUGUGUACUAGGGUUUCCAUUAAGAAGCUAUUUGCUCCGUCGUUUCGGAAGUCAUCUGCAACUGAAUUCGGAAGAAAAGAAAUACUGAAGGAAUGGAGACUUGGUAUUACAGUCAUCAAAGAAAUGAAAGAAGAAGGCUAUCCAGUGAAUCCGACAUCAGUGCAGAAGCAAAUCAUGAAUGCACUUCACUUGGGCGAAAGAGAAAGGGCUUCCAGUCUUCUGUCUCAUAUUGGCUACAACAAUCAUCUGUUGAAGCCUAACAAUUUUCUUAAAAUUCUUGAAUAUUGUGCAUCCAUACCUGAUCCACCGUUUGUCUUAGAGAUUUGGAGAACAAUGGAGGAAAAAGGAGUUGACAUCAACAAUGAAUGCCACAUUCUUAUGAUCCAAGCCCUCUGCAAAGGAGGUUACAUAGAGGAGGCAUUCAACUUGAUGAGUAAUUUUGAGGAAAGUCCAGAUCUUUAUCCUUCUCUUAACAAAUAUAACACCAUUCUGGAAGCUUCUGCUAAACUAAAGAGUGCAACUCAUGCCAGUAAAUGUUUGGAUCUAAUGGAUCAUGACAUGGUAGGAAAGAAUGAAACAACAUAUACUGAGCUUCUCAAGCUUGCAGUUUUACAGAAAAAUUUGCCAUAUGUCCAUAACAUUUGGAAGGAGUAUGCCAAAUAUUACAAUUUCAACUUUAUUUCUCUAAGAGAGUUCAUAUGGGCCUUCACAAGGUUGGGAGACGUGGGGUCCGCAUGUGAAGCUUUACGGCAUCUAGUGGAUUUAGUAUUCAGGGGAGGAUUUACUAUCAAGGAAAAUGCUGAGGGUAAAUUGGUCAUUUCAAGAUUAGAUGUACCGAUGCCUUUCUACAGUAAUCUAGAAUGGGACAGAUGUCAGACUGUUAAUAAUAUAACUUCAGUUCCUUCCAUAUAUGAAAAUAAUAAUAAAGACCAUAUAAAGAUUGGUGGGUUUGACUUGAAAGAAGUCAAACAUGUUGGAAGAAAUUCAAAUAUUGGUCUUGUUAUGAGGAUCUUGAGGUUGUCUUUUGCUGAUGUUAUACAAGCUUGUGCACGGGAGAAAAACCAUGAGCUGGCAGAGCAGUUAUUUGUUCAGAUGCAAAAUCUUGGCAUUAAACCAUCAUGUGGUGCAUACGAUGGCCUUAUUAGAGUGCUUCUUCAGGAGAAAGGUUUCCAUGAUGGCAUGAAAGUGGUAAAGUUGAUGCAAGAAAGGAAUAUGAAGCCACUUGAUUCAACUCUUGCAUCAUUAUCAGCAAGAUGCAGUAAAGACUUGGAGUUGAAUUUGGCUGAGUCAUUCUUGAGUGAGAUGGGAAAAUGUACAACUGCUUAUCCUUAUAAUCAGCUGCUUGGAGCAUGUGACACACUGGAUGAACCUGAACGUGGGAUUCAGGUUUUUGGUAAAAUGAAGAAGCUGAAAGUGGCUCCUAAUAUUACAACAUAUGAGUUGCUAUUUUCAUUGUUUGGAAAUGUGAAUGCUCCUUAUGAAGAUGGAAAUAAAGAGUCACGAGCAGAAGCUGCUAAAAGAAUAAAUGCUAUAGAGAAUGAUAUGAUCAGAAAUGGCAUUCAACAUAGUUAUGUAUCCCUAAGGAACUUGCUGAAAGCACUUGGAUCAGAAGGGAUGAUAAGUGAGAUUGAACAUUACUUGCAUGUGGCAGAAAACCAAUUAACUACUCCAGGAGCUCCAAUUUACAACAUAGUCUUGCAUUCACUUGUUGAGGCUAAAGAGGGUCAGAAGGCAAUAAAUGAAUUCAAAACAUUGAUGUCACAUGGGUAUCAUCCAAAUGAUGUGACUUAUAAUAUCAUGAUUGACUGCUGCACUAUUACGGGCUCUUUAAAAUCUGCUCAGGCUUUUAUUGCCAUGAUGUAUCAUCAUGGCUAUCCACCACAAACACAAACUUAUACAUCUCUUAUAAAGCUUGUGUUGGAAUUGGGUGAUUUUGAUGAAGCAUUGGUUCUUCUUAAUCAAGCCUGUUCAGAAGGAAUUGAACUUGAUGCUCUGUUGUUCAACACCAUUCUCAGAGUAGCAAAUUGGAAGGAUAGAAUAGACAUAGUCGAGUAUGUAAUGGAUCGUAUGCACCAAGAGCGGGUCCCACCGGACCCCGACACCUGUGCUCAUGUCUUCUCAGCAUAUGUAAACCAAGAUUCAGAAGCCGAUUUAAGAGCUUUAAACCUCUUCAAAGAUUCCAAUGAAAUUCAUGCGGUUGCCCUUUUCAACCUCAGAUGGUGUGCCAUGGCUGGGAACCAGAUCUCCUGGUUGACCGGUCAAAGCCACUGGGUCCAGCAGCUCGCGGCUACAAACCGAUCUUCUACAUGA